AUGCCCAAACUCCCGGACAUAGGCCUGAUUCUCAAGUGUUUUAAGGACCUGUUAGUUACUCUGGCAGUGAACCUGACAGUCACCUUAGGAGCUCACAAUAUUCACAAGCAAGAGGACUGCCAGCAAACGAUUGUGGUUCAAAGCUAUCACCCGCACCGCAACUACAAAGAAUGUCCUCGAGCCAAUGACAUCCUUUUGCUGAAGCUGAAGGGGAAAGCCAGACUAAACAUAGUCAAUGUCAUUCGCCUGCCCAAGGCCAACAGAGAUGUCGCUCCACGGAGCCAGUGCAGCAUAGCUGGAUGGAGCCAUAUUGACCAUGGAAAAACAACCGACAAGCUCUUUAAGACCGAAGUCUCCAUCCGACCAGCAAAGCAAUGCCGCUCUUUGAACCCUGGGAAAACUAAUCGUAUAAUCUGCACAGGGAGCAAACACUGGGUCAAGGACUGCAGCCAGGUCAGUAGCAACCACGUCUAG